UAUUUGAUGUAGUCAAAAUAUGAAGUUCUGUGGGGAGUACACGUUAUUUGUUCAUUUUCUGAAAAAACAAAAAAAAAAUCCUGCAACCUUGGCGGCUAUUUGCUAGAGCUCGUCUCUGUGUUUACUGGCACACAGCACUUCCUUGAAAUAUAUUCUCCGAUCCUUCCUACAAAACGUUUUUUCCGCUUGAGGGAAAGAUAGAGAAGAAGAAAAAGCUUUAAUUAUUUUUUUUUUUGUUUUUUUUUGUGCUGGAGCGCAUGCGCAGACUGGUGCUUCAGCGCACACUACCUCGCCGACACAGCUAGAGGGAAAAUAAACUGCGUGGGCACCCGGGGUAUUAACAUCAAGGCAAUACGGAAUAUUAACAAUAGUAGCCAUCACACCAGCGGGGGGACACUCCGGGUGCAAAACAGGUUUUUAAUGUGCGCAAAAUGAGCAAGAAUCCACCAAACCGAAGAGGAAUCAUCUUUGAGGUGGGAGCUCAUCUGGAGGCCCGGGACACUCUCAAGAACUGCUACAACAGAGCUCGAGAAUUUAUAACCUCCUACCGCUGCAGGUAUGCAGCAAACAUUGAAAAGAUUGAUUAUGAGGAAGAGAAAGUGCUGAUUCACUAUAGACAGUGGAGUCAUCGCUAUGAUGAAUGGUUCGAGUGGAGCAGCCCGUAUCUCAGGCCAGUCGAGCGAAUCCAGCUGAGGAAGGAGGGACUGCAGGAGGGGGAGGUCCAGGCUGAGUUUCGAGUGAACGAGAAGGUGCUUGCAAGCUGGACUGACUGUCGAUUUUACCCUGCCAGGGUCCUGUCAGUGAACAGAGAUCUCUCUUCCUACACUGUGAAGUUUUACGAUGGAGUUGUUCAGGCUGUUAAGGGUAUCCAUGUCAAACCUUACUGCAAUGAGAAAAGCAAGGGGAAAUCUAAGAUCGAAGACAAACAGAAAGGAAAAGUGUGUGAUAAAGAGAAAUCCGCAAGGGGACAUAAGGUGAGGGAAAAAUUGAUAGACAUCAAAGAACAGAACUCAACGCCAAAGAGUAAAAAAUCUAAACGGAACGAGACAGAAAAUAAAAGAGAUGCUUCUAAAGAAGAAGACGACAGAAACGUGCCCGUGAAGGGAGCGGUCCGGGAGGAAUCUAAAAGACCAAAGCGGGGCUCCACAAGCGACAUGGUGAAAGAGGAGAGGAAAGUGUCGAGAGUAAAAACAGUUGAUAAGAAGAAAACUGUUGAGGAAACAAAGAAGAAAGAGGAAGAGAAGAACGUGGAAUCUGGUGAGGAAACAACGGAGAAGAAUGUAACAUCGGCUGGGCAAGAAACAAGAAGCAAAGAGUCGAAAAAAGAAGACGACGGACUUGCAGAGGAGAAGAGCCAGCAGCCUGAAGAAACGCCGAUGGAGAACAAGGAUGCGGAAAACAGUGAAACAGAAGUGGAGAAGCAGUCCGAACCAGAAGAGAAAAUAUCAGAGACAGAGACGAAGAGAGCAGAGGGGUCUGGCGAUGGAACCGGAGAGACAGGCAAGGAUGAGGACAGAGGAGAGACAACGGAGCAGAAGGGACAAGCUGAAGAAAAGAAAGAAAAAGAAAUUGCCGAAACCACUGUGGUGUCUACAGAGGACAGAGAGGCAGCGGCAGAGCUCGGAGAUUCGAAACCAGCAGAUCAGAGCCCCAACCAGGCACUGAGGAAACGAGGGAGACCCCCGUCAAAAGCUAAAUCACCUGAUAACCAGCAUGGCAUCUUGGAGUUGAGGAAAAGAAAAAUAUCUUUGGGAACAUAUGUGCCGUCAAAGAGAACCAAGCUUGAUACAAAUGCAGAUACCAAAAAGUCCAGUCAGACUGGCAGUAGUGAUCAAGACUACAGCAGGAGAAAGUCAUCAAGACUGCCUAUUAACGAUCACGGGCAACACUCCAUUAAAAGCACGCCUGUGCCCGUAGACUCCAAACACAUGACACUGUCUGACAGCAAGCAAAAGGAGUCUGCAGCAGAUACCAAAAAGUCCAGUCAGACUGGCAGUAGUGAUCAAGACUGCAGCAGGAGAAAGUCAUCAAGACUGUCUAUUAACGAUCACGGGCAACACUCCAUUAAAAGCACACCUGUGCCCGUAGACUCCAAACACAUGACACUGUCUGACAGCAAGCAAAAGGAGUCUGCAGCAGAUCAGGGUGAAUCAGCAGAGAUCGAAUCUGCUGUUGACUCCUCGGGACAGAGUCAAGAACCCUCAAAUGCUGUUCCAGAAUCCCCAGCACCUCCGUCAAGUGAGAAACAAACACAGGAGGAAGGAGCAGCACCAAACGAGACUCCCACAACAGCUUUGAAAGCAGAGCCAGGCAAAUUGCACACUGAAACGGGUAAGAAGCAAAAGAGUAACUACGCUCCUGUUGUGAAACGUCAGCCCCAGCCACCAAACCCUAACAAAUAUAGCAGAGAGCCCUUGUACACGGCUAUAAAGCGAUCGCAGGACUCCCUGUCCCCUAAAGCACUUACUAUUGAUCUCGACCACACCUUCAAGUGCAAGGUACCAGACUGCCUCAAGUCUUUCCGCAAGGCCAAGUUACUGCACUACCACAUGAAGUACUAUCACGGAGAGGACAAGGCAGCCGAGAGCGAACAGAGCCCGACGAAGAGGAGCAUCCAGACCCGCGCCUCGGAGAAGCAGGCAGCCAUGGAGAACCCCAAGAGGCGACGCACCAUUUCAGCCUCAUUGCACAGCAAGGUUGGAAAACUGCACGAGAGGAGGAGGACGUCAGUUCCCCCUGCUGUCAACACACUGCACAACCACCGACCCUCCCUCCGAGAGAAGAGCAAAGAGAACCAGCUGGAGAAAUCGAACCGCAAGCAGCAGGAGAAGGAAAAGGACAAGGGUGCCAAUGACACAGUAAAAGAAAAAGAGAAGGUCAGAGAGAAGAAACACAGGGAGUUCCUGAGAGUCAAGCUAAAGAAAAAGAAGAAGAAAAAAAAGAAGUCCAAAUCUGAGUAUACAGGUAGUGAAGAAAAUAUUGACAUCUCUAGAGAUUUCUCACCCAAGAAAAUAUUCGUUCAAUCCAAAUUGAAUUUGCCUCACAAAUCCCCCUUCUCGCACAAACACAAGUUGUUAUACAACUCCAGCCCAGGAUACACAGAAAAGAUAAAAGUGGAUGAUGAAGACACUAUGAGCGACUCUUCGACGGACAGCCUGCUCUGGAGCGAGGACGAGCUGGGUCAGGACGUCGACGUGACGACGAACCCAGAUGAUGAUGGGCUUAACGAGGGGCGGCGAGAGUUUGAGAUUGUCCGCUGUAUCUGCGAGGUCCAGGAGGAGAACGACUUCAUGAUACAGUGUGAAGAGUGCUUGUGCUGGCAGCAUGGGGUCUGUAUGGGUCUGCUUGAGGACAAUGUUCCAGAGAAGUACACCUGCUAUAUAUGUCGAGAUCCGCCAGGACAGAGACAGAGUUUGAAAUACUGGUACGACAAAGACUGGCUCAGUAAUGGACACAUGUAUGGCUUAUCCUUCCUGGAAGAGAACUACUCCCACCAAAAUGCCAAGAAGAUCGCAGCCACACACCAGCUCCUGGGCGACGUCCACAAAGUCAUUGAAGUUCUGAACGGCUUGCAGCUCAAGAUGAGCAUCCUGCAAAGCCAGGCUCAUCCAGACUUGAAGUUCAGGUGUCCGUCAUGGAAGCAGGUGGACUCCAAAGAGAAGCCCAGGAAGAGGCAGGCAACCGCGGCAGGGCUGGAGGAAGGAGAGGACAAGAAGAUCAGUGCUGCUGAGAAGCCCUGUCCAAUCCCAUCCAUUCCCUCCAUUCAGGAGUCUUACAUCGCCAGCGAGCACUGCUACCAGAAACCACGCACCUACUAUCCUGCGGUGGAGCAGAGGCUGGUGGUGGAGACUCGGGGCUCUGAGCUGGAGGAGCGCGUGAGGGGGGUCAGGGAGACUGGUGAGGACCUGCUGGCACUGGAGCAGCGCUACGGGAGGAGCCCCGAUCAAGACAGAAGAAAAGCAGACUGGGAACCUCGCCUGGAAAACGAACAGGACAAGGUCUGGAAACUCAGUGGAGCUGCAAACCGUGAAGCUGAAGUUUCCAAGAGAAGCUUUUCUGGUGAAAGCUGCAAUGUGAAGGUGGCCAGGGAGGACAGGGACGGCGAUAUGAACUUCCAGCAGCAAUGGCAGAUCAACUUGAUGGACCAUAUCGAAGCUGUUCAGGAUGAAGUCAUCCACAGAAUGGACUUCAUAGAGGGGGAGUUGGAUGUUCUGGAGAGCUGGCUGGAUUACACAGGGGAGCUGGAGCCUCCAGAGCCUCUUGCCAGACUACCCCAGCUGAAGCACCGGAUCAAGCAGCUGCUGACAGAGCUGGGGAAGGUGCAGCAGAUUGCCUUGUGCUGCUCUACAUGAGCGGCCCUACCCUAGAGACGCCGAGCUGAUCCAGCUCUGAAACAAACCCAUAAAGACUUUAAAAGGAAGCGAGCCAGGGCUGGGCUGCUGGGGGCAGUACUGUGUUAGUCUCAUUAAAACACGUUCCCCCUUUCCACAAGUGUGCUGGUGAUGCAGACGGGAACUUUACUAUGUUUGAAUCCAUCUGACUUUGCUUUAUUAAUGGCAAACAUAGUCCAUUGGAGAGGAAGGGGAAAGGAAACGCUGACUUCAGAACAAAAGCAAACACUUUUAGUUAACCUUACAGUUUGCUGGUAUUCCAUCUUUUUUGAAAAAUACAAAGAAUAGUCUAAAGUGAGACAUUAUAAUUUGUUGUUAUAAACAGUUAAAUGGGGUUAAGCAUGCCUCCUGUUCUUGAUAACCGACCAGUUUUACAUUAAUGUAUAGUGAUUUUAAAAUAUUUUAUUUCAGAGCUUUCAUCAUAUACAGUAAGUAGGUGACGCUGAAAAUGUGUUGCUUUAAAAAAAAAAAAAAAAAAUUCAAAAAUACAGUUUCGAAGGCUGAGUGCUUAUGGCAUUACUGGAGAUACUGGAGACUGAAAUGAUUUUCUUUUUUUUUUGUAACCAAUUGAGUUCUAUAAUAAUCCUUUGCCACACUUUUCUGUUAAAUGUGUUGUAAAAAAAAAAAAAAAAUAUAUAUAUAUAUAUAUAUAUAUAUAUAUAUAUAUAUAUAUAUAUAUAUAUAUAUAUAUAUAUAUAUAUAAUCAUGUGAAAAUAGUUUAAACUAAAGCAUGUUGUGUCAUGCAACUUUUCUGAGACUUUGGGAGGGGGCACAGUUACUGUACUGUGAUUUUCCAUUCUCUUGUUUAUCAAAAACCUCAGCUCAGUUCCUUUUUCAAAUACUGAGGCUAGCUGACCUGCAGCAGUGAACUGUACCCUCAGUUUACAGGGUUAUUCAAAAGUUCUACACGUGCCUAUUGAAAUGACCCUUUAACAUGCGAUACAUACACAUUAGUGAUAAGAAUCAUUUCAGGUGGGACGAUGUGCAGCCCAUGAUGGUAUCAGACAGAACGGAGCGGUGUGCUGCUGCCAUUUCUGUGCUCGCCUGUUUUCAAUGAUGGUUGUGAUGUUUCUCAUGGUGCCAGGCUUUUGAAUCGCUCUGCAGUAAAGUCGUGCAGUGCAGGCUUUCAGACACGUAGAGCCAGCAGACAAUGGGCCAGAUUUAUCAAGGUCUUUCCUCCCAAGUGCAAAUACUGUCGUGCCAUUUGAUUUUCAAACGUUUGCUCAAGACGUUGCUCUUUUUGUAGCAUUGACAGUACCAUUGAUGUUCCUUUCACAAAAAACACUGCACUUUUGCAACUCUUCAUACAUCAAGCCCAGAUCUAAUCUGUCGCCAAAAGGACAAAAAAAUGUUUAUAGUGUUCCUUAGGCUUUUUUAAAAUUGCUUUUAUUGUAGUUUUGUAAUUCUUUUUUUGUUGUUGUUGUUUGUAUCCUCUCUCUCGGUUUUUAGCACUUAAUGUAACGUCUUGUAAGUCAUUUCUAUUCUGCAUUUAUUUUUAUAAAUGUCCUUUUUUUCCUGUUUGUUUUUCAUCCUGUUCGGCUUUAUUUAUUAAUGCAUUUCUUAAUUUAUUUGCUUUUCUGCUUCCCUGGGGAAUGCUGCAUUUCCCCUCUCUUUGCAGUCGUUAGAAAGCAGUUCACGUUAAGGAUGAAUGAGGGGGGCUGUUAAAUAUAUUGUAAGAGAUUGCAGGAGAUGGUGGUACUGGGUGGAACAGUCUGGGGUUUUUGAAUGGGGGCAGGGGAGAAUUUGAAAAAAUAUAUAAACUCAUGCAAUAAAGAGAAGGGGGAGCAAUACAUUCAAAUGGAAAUUUUCAGAGAGGAGUAAAAUAGUUUUUACAAUAUAAAACUAGCAAGGAACUACUUGGAACACUAACUUAACUGGCUUUCCGACUACCUGCUAACUGGUUUAAUGGUGACUUCAUAACGUUAACAGCUGUUUUUAUUCCUGUCAGAAAGUUCAACAUAUUCUUCUACAUGUGGUCUGGUUUGUAAGGAUUUACAUUUUCACCAGAUGUUUUUGGCCAGUUAAUAAUCAAAUGGGUCCUAGGUGUGGUAUCUAUAUGUUAGAGGUAAUGUGAAGCUGGGGGGGGUUUGUUGAGCUCUUGUACAGGUCGGAGGAGUACCUUAUUGUCGAACGUUAGUAAUAAAAUAACAAGCUAAAGAGCCCUCCACCCCCACUUCGGAAAAAAAACGGGGUGGGGGGGGUUAAAACCACUGGCAUGAAAUGAAUACCACCUCCGUCCUUUUAUAAAGGUAUUACGGUAUAAUCCCUAGGGGGGGGUCGGGUAAUAAAGUCAUUAAUCUUGGUGUAAUAAUAAAGUUGUUGCAGGUAUGGUUGUGUGUAUGGAAGGCAAAACAUUACUGUGUAUUAUUUGCUAUUCAUAAGCAGAUGGACGUGACUGCUGUAUUAUGAAAAAAAUAAAUCAUGUUUUCAUGUUC